AUAGUUAAUAUUAAUAUAAGUAUUAAUAUUCAUAUGUAAAAUAUCUAAGUAUCAAUUAAGUAUUAGUUAAUAUAAUCAUUUAUAAUUAUAUUAUCGAUAAUUAUUAGUAUUAAUUAUUACUAUAUAUUGAUAUUGGUACUACUACAUACUUUUAUAUUACUACAUAUUGAUAUAUUGAUAUUGAUUUGUAUUGGUAUUAAUUUGAUUGAUAUUGAUUGCAGCUCACACUGCAUUUAGUCACACUCCAUUUAGACGGAUUUCAAUAUCAGUCCUUCUAUUUUGUCUGUGAUUGUGGAUUGAAUGAACAAAGAGAUGAACUCAAGAAUGGUGUAGUAAAGAACGAAGAAUUAAAUGAAAGAGUGGUUCGAAACAAAGAAAUACAAUAGUUAGAACUGUAUGCAUAUGGAUUUACAAAAACUCCAUUAUGGGUAAAAACGAGAUAGUUGUGACGAUUCAGUUCAGUAAUUUAGUAAUAUUAUCAUUUCAAUUCGGAGUUUUUAGUUACUUCGGACCGCUGGAUCUUAAUGAUAAAAUGAGUAAUAAUUCAUUGGUUGAUUGUAUCAUUAACCAUUUCUUUUUUUUUGUGCGAGGAACUUACCAUGAAUCCACUGAUUUCUGCCGCUUCCGUUAUUGCUGCUGGAUUGGCCGUGGGGCUUGCUUCUAUUGGACCUGGAGUUGGUCAAGGUACUGCUGCAGGCCAAGCUGUAGAAGGUAUUGCGAGACAACCAGAAGCAGAGGGUAAAAUACGAGGUACUUUAUUGCUUAGUCUAGCUUUUAUGGAAGCUUUAACAAUUUACGGACUGGUCGUGGCGUUAGCGCUUUUAUUUGCGAAUCCUUUUGUUUAAUCCUAGAAAUAAAUAGAAAAAAGUACCUUACAUACUUUUUUCUUAUUUUAUUAACUUUAACUUGGAAUUGCCCUUUGCUUCUUCGAAUUAUAUUUACACUUUACUUAUAAAUUACUUAUUUGUUGAGACAAUACGCCAGGAAGGGCUGAUUUGAGGAUGAGGAAUUACCAGAUUCGCUUGCUUUCUUCCUUUCUGUCCUUAGCUUAGUACAAUAGAAAACUUUUUUACUUUCAUUGUUCGAAGCGUUUCAACAAACGAAAUAGUUAUCAAUUGAUAUGAGAUCUAAGACCUAAGUAAAGUAUCUUAUUGGAAACUUCUUGAAAACUUAAAAAAUAAUAAAUUUCAAACAAAUGAUUUAAUCUAUUGCCAUUAAAUAAAGUGGAAAUGAAAUUAAUAAAAAGAAAUCGAUCAAAAAAAGGCGAGUGAAGUGAUACAAAAAGAACUCUGUUCUUUGUUAGUCCUAUCCAUAAGAGAGGGGAGCAUAUGAAAAAUGUAAUCGAUUCUUUCGUUUCCUUGGGUCACUGGCCAUCCGCCGGGAGUUUCGGGUUUAAUACCGAUAUUUUAGCAACAAAUCCAAUAAAUCUAAGUGUAGUGCUUGGUGUAUUGAUUUAUUUUGGAAAGGGAGUGUGUGCGAGUUGUGUAUUUCAAGAAUAGGUUGGAUCCAUCCAGCUGCACUUUAUUUAUGGUAUUUAUAGGAGAAAUAGGAAAAAGGUGCACGAUCUCGACGAAUUACUUCUGAAUAAAUUAAGAAAUCAUAUGUAAGAACCAUAGCAUUUCGUGACUUAUUGGUAAAUCCACUUUGAUUCUCUAUCAACCAAUAAUGUGAGACCAUUAACAUGGUUAAAGCUAAAUUGUUUAAAGUCCAGGUAAAACAUGGUACUCUUUCUACCACUUCUACCACUACGUUAGUAACGAAAUGGUUAAAAAAAAAAUAGUUGGUAAUUUAUUUGAUUUGAUAUAGAACACUCAUAUCGAUAAAAGAAUUUGAACCAUUUACUAGAAAAAUGAGCACUUUGCUUUUUUUAUCUAAUGCCGAAAUGACGACCUAUGUAUAAAAAAAGAGGAAUUUUUGGACUUGAAGAAACAAAUAAAAAAUAUAAUAAUUAUUAUUUUCAUUUUUUUAAAAUGAAAAAUGAAAUAGAAUUCUAAAAAUGAAAAUGAUAAAUAAAAUACAAAACAAAUAUAAAUAAAAUACAAAUAAAGAAACAACUUUGCUGACAAUUCUAGAUUUUUGUCUGGUCUAGUCGGAAGAGUCCUCCUGAUAUUCUGGUCUUGUAUCAGUUUUGACAUCUUUGAAUACAAACAGAAAAGAGAGGGUAGGCUCAUUACAUUAAAAAAGAUAUGGGAAUACCCACACCAUAAAUAAAACAUUAAAAAAGAUAUGGGAAUACCCACACCAUAAAUAAAAUAAAUAAUUGAGCGUGAGAGCCAAAUGAAUCGAAAGAUUCAUGUUUGGUUCGGGAAGAGAUCAUGGAAGUUUUGAAAUUAAUGAUAAGAUAAUCUACUUUCAUUAAAUGAUUUAUUAGAUAAUCGAAAACAGAGGAUUUUGAAUACUAUUCGAAAUUCGGAAGAAUUACGUAAAGGGGCCAUUGAGCAGCUCGAAAGAGCCCGGGCUCGCUUACGUAAAGUGGAAAUGGAAGCAGAUGAGUAUCGAAUGAAUGGAUACUCUGAAAUAGAACGAGAAAAACAAAAUUUGAUUAAUGCCACUAGUAAUAGUUUGGAACAAUUAGAAAAUUACAAAAAUGAAACCCUUCAGUUUGAACAACAAAGAGCGAUUAAUCAGGUCCGACAACGAGUUUUCCAACAAGCCUUACAAGGAGCUCUAGGAACUCUGAAUAGUUGCUUGAAUAGCGAGUUACAUUUCCGUACGAUCCGUGCUAAUAUUGGCAUUCUCGGGGCCAUGCAAGAAAUAACUGAUUAGCCCUUCUUUUUUUAGUUAUAGUUUAGGCAUUAUUUUUAUCUUUUCCUUCCUAAAAAGAAUAAAGAAACACUAAUGGUAACCCUUCGAGCCGACGAAAUUAGUAAUAUUAUUCGUGAGCGUAUUGAACAAUAUAGUAGAGAAAUAAAGAUUGUGAAUACCGGUACCGUACUUCAAGUAGGCGACGGAAUUGCUCGUGUUCAUGGUCUUGAUGAAGUAAUGGCAGGUGAAUUAGUAGAGUUUCAAGAGGGUACAAUAGGCAUUGCUCUGAAUUUGGAAUCAAAUAAUGUUGGCGUUGUAUUAAUGGGUGAUGGUUUGAUGAUACAAGAGGGAAGUUCCGUAAAAGCAACAGGACGAAUUGCUCAGAUACCUGUGAGUGAGGGUUAUUUGGGUCGUGUUAUAAAUGCUCUGGCUAAACCUAUUGAUGGGAGAGGUGAAAUUUCAGCUUCUGAAUCUCGGUUAAUUGAAUCUCCUGCCCCAGGUAUUAUUUCUAGACGUUCUGUAUAUGAGCCUCUUCAAACGGGGCUUAUUGCCAUUGAUUCGAUGAUCCCUAUAGGACGCGGUCAGCGAGAAUUAAUUAUUGGGGACAGACAGACCGGCAAAACAGCCGUAGCCACAGAUACGAUUCUCAAUCAAAAAGGUCAAAAUGUAAUAUGUGUUUAUGUAGCUAUUGGUCAAAAAGCAUCUUCUGUGGCUCAGGUAGUGACUACUUUCCGGGAAAAGGGGGCGAUGGAAUAUACUAUUGUGGUAGCCGAAACGGCGGAUUCACCUGCUACAUUACAAUACCUCGCUCCUUAUACGGGAGCGGCUCUGGCUGAGUUUUUUAUGUAUCGUGGACAACAUACUUUAAUAAUUUAUGAUGAUCUCUCCAAACAGGCACAAGCUUAUCGCCAAAUGUCUCUUCUAUUAAGAAGACCUCCCGGUCGUGAAGCUUAUCCAGGAGAUGUUUUUUAUUUGCAUUCACGACUUUUGGAAAGAGCCGCUAAAUCAAAUUCUAGUUUAGGUGAAGGAAGUAUGACCGCUUUACCGAUAGUUGAGACUCAAUCUGGAGACGUUUCAGCUUAUAUUCCUACUAAUGUAAUUUCCAUUACAGAUGGACAAAUAUUCUUAUCUGCCGAUCUAUUCAAUGCUGGAAUCCGACCUGCUAUUAAUGUGGGUAUUUCCGUUUCCAGAGUAGGAUCCGCAGCUCAAAUUAAAGCCAUGAAACAAGUAGCCGGCAAAUCAAAAUUGGAACUAGCGCAAUUCACAGAGUUAGAAGCCUUUGCACAAUUCGCUUCUGAUCUCGAUAAAGCUACUCAGAAUCAAUUGGCAAGAGGUCAACGAUUACGCGAGUUGCUUAAACAAUCCCAAUCAGACCCUCUCGCAGUGGAAGAACAGAUAGCUACUAUUUAUACCGGAGCGAAUGGAUAUCUUGAUCCGCUAGAAAUUGGACAGGUAAAGAAAUUUCUCAGUCAGUUACGUAGCUACUUAAAAAACAAUAAACCUAAAUUUCAAGAAAUUAUAUCUUCUACCAAGACAUUCACCGAGGAAGUAGAAUUUCUUUUGAAGGAAGCUAUUCAAGAACAGAUCGAACUGUUUUUACUUCAGGAACAAACAUAAAUUUCUUACUUUUAUUCUAUUCUUGGUAUAUUCUAUUCUUAGUACAAGAGUAAUCAUUGAGAAAUAGUUCUGAUUCGAAUGAUUCAAAAAGGGUUUCUUAGUAUAGCCAUUUUUAAAAAGUAUAGCCAUUUUAAAAAUAGAUGGAAAUAAAUUGCGUCCAAUAGGAUUUGAACCUAUACCAAAGGUUUAGAAGACCUCUGUCCUAUCCAUUAGACAAUGGACGCUUUUCAUUCCUAUUUUAUUUUUUUGUAUUCUUACUUUCUUUUGUUCGGAUAAAAAAUCAAAUUACACGGAAAAUAUUUUAGGGAAUAAAAAAGAAUGCAUAUCUAAAUUGAUGGUGCAUGUAUGUAUAAUACAUAAUAAGAUGUAUAAUACAUAACAUAAUAAGAUGUAUAAUACAUAAUAAGAAAUAUGGAGCGGGUAGCGGGAAUCGAACCCGCAUCGUUAGCUUGGAAGGCUAGGGGUUAUAGUCGACGUUGCUUGAUCACUUUUAACGUCUCUAAUUCAAAACCGAACGUGAAAUUUUGAUUUCAUUCGGCUCCUUUAUGGAAGAUUGAUGUAUUCCUAGAGAAAAUUAGAUCCAUAACAUCUAUGUCAGCCUUUCUGUCUGAAUGUAUCCCAAACUACUCGCUUACUAGAUGAUCCCUCUAGAGGAGAGGGAUUAUACCAAAUCCGUCUAGUCUAGUUACUUCGUUCCCUAUUUCCACUCGCAGGAUCCCGAGGAAAAGAAUUUGGUUUCCACCGAGCUGAAACAAUAUGCUGAUGGUUCUAGUAAACCAAAACCACCCUUUUCUAGCUUGUUUGGCUUCAAUUUCCCUUUUACAACACCAAAAUUUAAGAUCUAGUUACGAUUGGAAAUAAACUUUUGUAUCUUCAUCCAUAGAUCCUUUAUUCAUACUCAUUCGAUUGGAAGAAUUGAUCCAAUUCAAAAAAAAUUAUGUUUCACGACUCCAUAUACAUAAUCCAAUUUUCUUAUUCAAUUUCGAAAAUAGAAUUUCUAAUUGGACUUUGGAUACAAAUCGUGAGAAUGUAUGUUCUUCCUCAAAUAUGCUAUUGAGAGGUAAAGGAUUAAACCCUUUUAAGAAAUAAAGUUUUUGAUCGGAGUAUGCAAAAAACCGAGAGACCCCUUAACUUUUUAAGUUGUUAAUAGAACGAAUCACACUUUUACCACUAAACUAUACCCGCUACAUAUA